GUAGCGGGCACAAGCCAAGCUGUGAUUCGAGUCUUUGCUCUGGCUUCUGCACCCAAGCGAGUCUCCACCAGGCCCCCCGCGCCUCCACCCCUCUCAUCUCGACCUCCGAGUCCCCCUUGCGCCCCCUCACCCCUGCCUCUCCGAUUCCCCGCGUCGCGGCACCCGGAAGGAUGCGCUGUGCGCCAACAGCCGGAGCAGCCCUGGUGCUGUGCGCCGCCACCGCCGGGCUGCUGAGCGCGCAGGGCCGCCCGGAGCCUCCCGAGACGCCGCGCUUCGCCUCCUGGGAUGAGGUGAAUGUGCUGGCGCACGGGCUCCUGCAGCUCGGCAACGGGCUACGCGAACACGUGGAGCGCACCCGUGGGCAGCUGGGCGAGCUGGAGCGGCGUCUGGGCUCGUGCGGGGCCUCCUGCAAGGAUCCUGAGGGGUCAGCCGCGCCUCCGUUCGCCCCGGAGAAUCUGGUCCCUCCCGGCGGCGACACAGUCCCGGAGACCCUCCAAAGCUUUCAGACUCAGCUCAAGGCUCAGAACAGCAGGAUCCAGCAACUCUUCCAGAAGGUGGCCCAGCAGCAGCGGCACCUGGAGAAGCAGCACCUGAGAAUCCAGAAUCUGCAGAGCCAGAUGGGCCACUUGGCCCCCAUGCACCUGGGCCACGGGGUGGCCAAGCGUGCCAGGAGGAAGAGGCUACCCAAGAUGGCCCAGCUUGCUGGCCCAGCUCACAAUAUCAGCCGCCUGCACAGACUGCCCAGGGACUGCCAAGAACUGUUUGAAGAGGGAGAGAGGCAAAGUGGAUUGUUCCAGAUCCAGCCCCAGGGGUCCUCCUCAUUCCUAGUUAACUGCAAGAUGACCUCAGAUGGAGGCUGGACUGUAAUCCAGAGGCGCCAGGAUGGCUCAGUGGACUUUAACCAGCCCUGGGAAGCCUACAAGGAUGGCUUCGGAGACCCCCAAGGUGAGUUCUGGCUGGGCCUGGAGAAGGUGCACCGCAUCGUGGGGGACCGUGGCAGCCGCCUGGCUGUGCAGCUGCAGGACUGGGAGGGCAAUGCCGAGUCAUUGCAGUUCCCUGUCCACCUGGGUGGCGAAGACACAGCCUACAGCCUGCAGCUCACGUCGCCUGUGGCCAGCAAACUGGGUGCCACUGCCUUCUCACCCAGCGGCCUCUCCCUGCCUUUCUCCACUUGGGACCAAGACCACGACCUCCGUGGAGACAAGAACUGUGCGAAGAGCCUCUCUGGUGGCUGGUGGUUCGGUACCUGCGGCCACUCCAAUCUUAAUGGCCAGUAUUUCCAUUCCAUCCCGCGGCAGCGGCAGCAGCUUAAGAAGGGCAUCUUCUGGAAGACCUGGCGGGGCCGGUACUACCCACUGCAGGCCACCACCAUGCUGAUCCAGCCCACAGUGGCCGAAGCAGCCUCCUAGCCUCCUCGCUGGGGCCUGGUCCCAGGCUCCUGGAGGACAGUGACUCUGAUUCUGGCCCAGCAUGUGGCCACUCCCUGCCGGGGCGGGGGCUCCGAGCAGGGGCCAUCUGAAACCUCAUGGACAGAGAUGUCCACGACUGGAGAUGCCCCCGCGAUGAGUGGGGGCUGCAGGAAAUGCCUUCUGAGAAGAACAGAGCUGCAGGGCUGCAGGGCACAGACCCCGAAAGCGUGGGACACGGGGGCAUUGAAGCCCACUCCUCGCCCGCCCGAGGAGUAGGGGACGCAGAGGGACCACUCGGGGGCAGCCAGGCCGGCCCUUGAUGGCGGAUUCAGUCACGUUGACUGGCUGGGGGACCAGGACUCCCAUAGGCCCCGGGCGCCCUUGUGGUGCUGUAGCGUGUGGGUGCUAUAGGCGAGCCCGCGCUGACGGCAUCUGGGCUGAGCCCACGGAAUUCUUGGAAUAAAAGCAACCUCAGAACAUUUCGUUCCUUU